AAGUUGAUGUCAAAAUAUGGCUGUUAAUAUCACAUUAGAUUAUUUUGUCAUUGAUCAAAUAUAUUACUCAAAAUAUUUCAGAGCAAUGUUUUCUUUAUUUUCUUAAUAUUAUUUAUAAAUUAUUAAGAAUUAUUUAAGGGAAGGUGGCAGAGCAGCUAUUUGGGAAAUUCUGUAGCCAGAAGACCUCCAUUCAGUGCUGAUUGUCUUAAUUCAGUAAAUCUUGGUGUAAAAACAUUUGAAAUGGGAGGUUUCAGGGACAUAUGCAACUAAUUUAUGCAAAUGCAUCAAAAUGAUCGUAAUGUUUUGUAGCAGUCUCAAUUUUAUCACCUUUAACUUCAUAUUUCUCCCUUUAUUUUGAUUUACUGAAAAUUUAAAUGACUUUUUCUUUCAUUUCAGAGCUGAUGGAAGUGAAGGAGGAGAGUGAAGAACUGAGUGAAGUGGAGGAGGAACAUCAUGACAAACCUGGAGAAAAACCUUUAAGUCCCUCAAAGACUAAAAAGACAUUUUUAAAGAAAAGAACCAAGAAAUCUACAACCUGUACUCCGUGUGGAAAAAGUUUAUCGACCAAACAAAGUCUUGAGAAUCACAUGAGAGUUCAUACAGGAGAGAAGCCGUUCACAUGUGAUCAGUGUGGGAAGAGUUUCAGUCAAUCAUCACACCUUAAAGCACACAUGAGAAUCCACACUGGAGAGAAGCCGUUCACAUGUGACCAGUGUGGGAAGACCUUCAAACAAAAAGGACAUCUUAAGAGUCAUAUGAAAGUUCACACUGGAGAGAAGCCACACACAUGUGAUCAAUGUAACAAAACAUUUCUAGGGUCAUCAGCCCUGAAGAGACAUCUGAGAGUUCAUACAAAGGAGAAGCCACAUUUAUGUUCUGUGUGUGGAAAGAGUUUUUCACAGCUGAAUAGUUUAAAAGAACAUGAGAAAAUUCAUACUGGUGUGAGAGAGUACAUGUGCUUUGAGUGUGAGAAGACUUUUACUACACAGAGCGAUUUAAAAAAGCUCCAGAGAAUUCACACUGGAGAAAAACCUUACAAGUGUUCACACUGUGACAAGAGAUUCAGUCUGUCAUCAUAUCUGAAAACAAAUGAGAAGAUCCACACUGGAGAAAAACCUUACAAGUGUUCACAGUGUAACAAGAGAUUCAGUCGGGCAGAACAUCUGAAAACACAUGAGAGGAUCCACACUGGAGAAAAACCUUACAAGUGUUCACAGUGUGACAAGAGAUUCAGCCUGUCAUCAUAUCUGAAAACACAUGAGAUGGUCCACACUGGAGAAAAACCUUACAAGUGUUCAUACUGUGACAAGAGAUUCAGUCAGCCAACAAAUCUGAAAACACAUGAGAAGAUCCACACUGGAGAAAAACCUUACAAGUGUUCACAGUGUGACAAGAGAUUCAUUCGGGCAGAACAUCUGAAAACACAUGAGAGGAUCCACACUGGAGAGAAACCUUACAAGUGUUCACACUGCGACAAGAGAUUCAGUCUGUCAUCAUAUCUGAAAACACAUGAGAUGGUCCACACUGGAGAAAAACCUUACAAGUGUUCACAGUGUGACAAGAGAUUCAAUCAGUCAUCACAUCUGAAAACACAUGAGAGGAUCCACAGCAGAGAGAAGCCGCACAUGUGUGAUCAGUGUGGAAAGAGUUUCUCUUUUAAAAAUCACCUGAAGAUACACAUGAGAAUUCACACUGGAGAAAAGCCUUACACCUGCCAACAAUGUGGACAGAGUUUUAGUCAUAAAGGUAACCUUAUAGCCCACAUCAGAAUUCAUGUUGGAGGGAACCCAUUCACUUGCAAACAGUGUGGAAAGAGUUUCAGAAGAAAAGGAAGCCUUAAAGCCCACAUGAGAAUUCACACUGGAGAAAAGCCUUACACCUGCAAACAGUGUGGAAAGAGUUUCAGAAGAAAAGGAAACCUUACAGCCCACAUGAGAAUUCACACUGGAGAAAAGCCUCAUACCUGUCAAGAGUGUGGAAAGAGUUUCAGUCGAAAAGAAAACCUUACAGUCCACAUGAGAAUUCACAGUGGAGAGAGCCCAUUCACCUGCCAACAGUGUGGACAGAGUUUCAGUCAAAAAGGAAAACUUAAAAUCCACAUGAGAAUUCACACUGGAGAAAAGCCUUACACCUGCCAACAGUGUGGAAAGAGUUUUAAUGAGACAGGAAACCUUAAAGCCCACAUGAGAAUUCAUACUGGAGAAAAGCCUCAUACCUGUCAAGAGUGUGGAAAGAGUUUCAUUCGAAAAGAAGGCCUUGUAGCCCACAUGAGCACUCACACUGGAGAAAAGCCUUACUCCUGCACUCUUUGCGGGAAUGGUUUCACACGGGAACGAAGGCUCAGGCAACACAUGAGAACUCACACUGGAGAGAAGCCUUUUACAUGUGAUCAGUGUGGAAAGAGUUUCACACAUAAAUUGACCCUUUAUCACCACAUGAAUAUUCACACUGGAGAGAAGCCAUUCAUAUGUGAUAAGUGUGGUAAGAGUUUCAGAUUUAUAGGUUACCUUAAGGGCCACAUGAAAAUUCACUCAAAAGAGAGCUGUUUUAGAAGUUGUCACUGUGGAAAGAGCAGAGGUGUAAAGAGUACCUGAAAACCAUACUUGAAUAAAAGUACAGAUACCUUACAGCAAAAAUUACUCCAUUACAAGUUACAAGUCGCCAAUUCUAAUACAACUUGAGUAAAAGUCUUGAAGUAUUUGAGACUUUAACUUUUUGACUUGGUUAAAUAUUCACAUUUUUCAUGGUAUUGUUUGCAGGGAAGAGUAGAUAUUUUAUCCCAUUGAAUGAUAAUUUGGUGUUUUCACUUCAGUUUUGUAGAAUUCAGUUUACAAUGUUGAUCUGGUUACCAUGAGAACAGUGUCACGCACUGCUACUUCAGCCAUCAUAUGGUAUAAAAUGUCCAAACAAAUAAAUGUGUUCAACAAGCUGACAGAAGUCGAUCCAUUUCUUUGUUGGUAGGGUGUAAAUAUUUACUUUCCCAUAUGGCCAUGGAGGAGAAUCGGAUGGGCAUUCAGCGGACAGACACCGACACACUAUUUUUUUUGUAUUUAUUUCAACACUUGACAACCAAAAUCAAACCCAUAGAAGCUUGUGAACAGUUUUGAAGUGGCUGUGUGCAAGUUAUACUCAUUCACAAGCAGAGUGAGAGUCAUACUCGCAAAUGUAAUGUUAAUUAAAGCUACAAGUAGCAAUGAAAAGGCCCUCGCACCCAGGCUAACCGCCACCUGUUGGCCUUAGGAAAAGAGUGAAUAGUGGGCAACAUGCAUUGUUAUUCGGUGUGAACAUUUAUAGUACACCUUUUAACUGUAUGCUUAUUCAGGUAUGGUAAGCAAAGUCAAAUCUAGUUUAAACCAUAAGA